AUGAAGUUCCAACUACCACGACCGUCAGGCGGGAGCCUCGGACGAACGAAGAACAUCCUCCAUUUUGUACAGGGAUUCUGUAUCUUCUUAUCAUGGGCCAUGACAAUCGCCAUCUGGACGAAAGGAGGCAGCGGCAUUGAUGGACGUACAGGCUGGUACUGGGGUCUGUGCUGGCUGAGUAUUCCCGGUCUAGUCUACCUGGUCGCAGUGCCUAUGUGGCCUCGAGCCCGACGCUUUGGUAAUGUUUACGCCUUCGCCUGCGUCGAUAUACUCUACUCGAUUCUUUGGCUCAGCGCCUGGAUCUGUCUGGCAUCCUAUGUCGCCCAAGGAAAGUCCAAGGGCGCGAGCACCGACCAAGACAAGAAAUCAUCCGACAACAAGUCCGGUAACGCCAGGAGAGCCGAUGACAAUAAAGACAACACGAAGACUGGUUGCGAUAACUGGGCAUAUGGAAGCGCUUCCAAGUGCAAGCUGAGCGAAGCAACCACGAUCAUGGGCGUCGUUAUCUUCGUCCUCUUCGCCAUCACGGCCUACAUGUCCUUCCGCAACGUAAAACACUUCCGCCGCACCGGCACCCUCCCCGACGCCGUUUCCGACCCAACCUUCGCCGCACAAAGCAAAGCCGCCUUCUCCUCGAACCCAGCCCACGACUUCGAAGACGAAGACGACUUCCGCUCCGGCCGCGCCGGAAUGGGCACCUCUUCCCACGGCGAUAGGGACGAAGACUACGCCCUCCUGCAACAAAGCGAAAUAGACGACAUAGGCAACGCACACGGCCGGACCGCGAUGCAGGGCGCCUAUGAUCCUACCGCACCCGCACCCGGGGGCAUUCUGCACGAUUACAACAGCACCGGCUACGGUGGUGCCCAUGGCCAGCACUACACGGACACCUCUACAGCGUUCAAUCCGUCGGAAUAUACCCCUUCUGAGUACACUGCCCCUACUGGGUUUGAAACCAAACACCACCCACCCACCAACCCCAAACCACGAGACCUACGUCUCAAACCACGCAAAAUGGCCAGCGAAAUCGACAUCUACAACCAAUACCCCAUACACAUGGACCCCAGCACAAAAGCCCUCACCCUAACACCCUCCUCCGCCCAAACACCAUCCCAAUCCGCCGCCAUCGCCACCGAACUCGAAACCCUAAACCUCCUCCACCGCUCCCUCCUCACCCUCGACCCACCCAACAUCCCCCCUGCCCCCCUCCCCCUUGAACCCCAAGCCGCCAACACCGCCUACCGCAAAUCCAACUACGACGAAGCCAUCAAGCUCUACUCGUACGCCAUCGACAUGGCCCUCGCCCGCCCCGGCUGGGAGCCUGUUGCCGUUGCGCGCGACGAGCUGGCGGGCCUGUAUGCGAAUCGCGCGCAGGCGCAUAUGGCGCGCCAGGCUUGGCCUGAGGGGCUGGUGGAUGCUAAGUCUAGUGUUGAUUCGAAGCCGGUGGGGAAUGUUAAGGCUUGGUGGAGGAUUGCUAAGUGUGAGGCGGAGAUGAGUCGGUAUGUGGAGGCGAGGAAGUUUUUGGUUAAGGCACUGGAGAUUGAGGGGAGGGACUCGGAGGGCGGGAAGGAGUUGGUUUCGUUGUUGGGGGAGGUUGAGGAGGCUUUGGCGAGGGGUGUGGCGCUUUAG